UGUUAUUUAUUUUCAGUUGUUGGCUACUACUUUAUUAGUCGUUAUAACACAUUUUUCAAUACAAUCUUAUUCUAUAGUUAUGAACAAAAUGUUACCUAUUGAUAUUUAAAUACCGUUUAGUAACUUUAAUUGUUAAUAAAAUGUCCAUAAUUGAAACAUCUUUAAUAUUUACAUCCGGGUGUUAGUAUAGAGUUGGGAACUUCUGCUAGUAUCGCUGACAGUUCUAAAAUAACAAUUUUCGUCCCAUUUUUUUGUUGAUAUUAAAAAAGUUAUUAUCGAUUAUUAGAGACAUGGUGAAGUUAUUAACAAAAACGGAUAAAAAUGACGUUGAAUCACAGCAAAACGUGGCCCGUGAGUACCAUGGCGGUAGUACAACUCCGGGUAAAUCCCCAGGAGAUCAUAGAAAACGUUCAACGCGAAGACGAGGUUCAUCUCGAUCGGCGAAUCGACGAAGACGAAACUAGAAUCGGAAAUAAAGAUAUUGUGAUACCUUUAUCGGAGAAACAUCUUGAAAUAUUUGCCAAGAUGUCAUCGGUACCGAAUCUGAGAACCACUAUUAGAACGGAUACGGUUUCUACUAUAUUGGAUCCAGCGGAUUUCGAUUCGGAAAGGAACGAAAUAUGCGAGGAUCCUCAUUUGAAAUCGCCGACGUCUGUGUGCGAUAAUUCGGUUCAAAAAUUUCACGUGUUGGCGUUAGCGCGUAUCGAAGAGACGGGCGUCGACGUCGGUGUCGAAGACGAUUCUGGCGGAGGCGUCGACGGAAAUCCCCGCCGCGGUGGGCUUCCCACGUUCGGCCGUCGACCCAGCAUCAAAGUCGACAACUGGGACUUCAUUUACACCGAAAGGAAACCCGAAACUCAGGUUAGUUAGUUAUUUCCCUUCACAUCGUAUUUUCAUAGUUAGUUACUUGAUAUUUGAUAUUUAUUUUACGAUAAAAUGAGGUUCUAGAAUGAUCUAUUUCAGUUAAAAACACUAAUUUUUUAACCUAUACGGAUUACUGGUCACUAUACAUUGAAAGAAA